AUGGCUAACUUCCCUAUGCGGUCUGACUUCCAGGAGAACAGUAUCCAUGGCCAGGCCCCUACCCCAGACGGCAGACUGUCCACACAGGAAAGUGUGCCUGUAUCCACGGACGCCAGACUGUCCACACAGGAAAGUGUGCCUGUAUCCACGGACGCCAGACUGUCCACACAGGAAAGUGUGCCUGUAUCCACGGACGCCAGACUGUCCACACAGGAAAGUGUGUCUGUAUCCACGGACGCCAGACUGUCCACACAGGAAAGUGUGUCUGUAUCCACGGACGGCAGACUGUCCACACAGGAAAGUGUGUCUGUAUCCACGGACGCCAGACUGUCCACACAGGAAAGUGUGUCUGUAUCCACGGACGCCAGACUGUCCACACAGGAAAGUGUGUCUGUAUCCACGGACGGCAGACUGUCCACACAGGAAAGUGUGUCUGUAUCCACGGACGCCAGACUGUCCACACAGGAAAGUGUGUCUGUAUCCACGGACGCCAGACUGUCCACACAGGAAAGUGUGUCUGUAUCCACGGACGGCAGACUGUCCACACAGGAAAGUGUGUCUGUAUCCACGGACGGCAGACUGUCCACACAGGAAAGUGUGCCUGUAUCCACGGACGCCAGACUGUCCACACAGGAAAGUGUGUCUGUAUCCACGGACGGCAGACUGUCCACACAGGAAAGUGUGCCUGUAUCCACGGACGCCAGACUGUCCACACAGGAAAGUGUGCCUGUAUCCACGGACGCCAGACUGUCCACACAGGAAAGUGUGUCUGUAUCCACGGACGCCAGACUGUCCACACAGGAAAGUGUGUCUGUAUCCACGGACGCCAGACUGUCCACACAGGAAAGUGUGCCUGUAUCCACGGACGGCAGACUGUCCACACAGGAAAGUGUGCCUGUAUCCACGGACGCCAGACUGUCCACACAGGAAAGUGUGUCUGUAUCCACGGACGACAGCCUGUCCACACAGGAAAGUGUGCCUGUAUCCACGGACGCCAGACUGUCCACACAGGAAAGUGUGCCUGUAUCCACGGACGCCAGACUGUCCACACAGGAAAGUGUGCCUGUAUCCACGGACGCCAGACUGUCCACACAGGAAAGUGUGCCUGUAUCCACGGACGGCAGACUGUCCACACAGGAAAGUGUGUCUGUAUCCACGGACGCCAGACUGUCCACACAGGAAAGUGUGUCUGUAUCCACGGACGCCAGCCUGUCCACACAGGAAAGUGUGCCUGUAUCCACGGACGCCAGACUGUCCACACAGGAAAGUGUGCCUGUAUCCACGGACGGCAGACUGUCCACACAGGAAAGUGUGCCUGUAUCCACGGACGCCAGACUGUCCACACAGGAAAGUGUGCCUGUAUCCACGGACGGCAGACUGUCCACACAGGAAAGUGUGUCUGUAUCCACGGACGCCAGACUGUCCACACAGGGAAGUGUGCCUGUAUCUACGGACGGCAGACUGUCCACACAGGAAAGUGUGCCUGUAUCCACGGACGGCAGACUGUCCACACAGGAAAGUGUGUCUGUAUCCACGGACGCCAGACUGUCCACACAGGAAAGUGUGUCUGUAUCCACGGACGCCAGACUGUCCACACAGGAAAGUGUGUCUGUAUCCACGGACGGCAGACUGUCCACACAGGAAAGUGUGUCUGUAUCCACGGACGCCAGACUGUCCACACAGGAAAGUGUGUCUGUAUCCACGGACGCCAGACUGUCCACACAGGAAAGUGUGUCUGUAUCCACGGACGGCAGACUGUCCACACAGGAAAGUGUGUCUGUAUCCACGGACGGCAGACUGUCCACACAGGAAAGUGUGCCUGUAUCCACGGACGCCAGACUGUCCACACAGGAAAGUGUGUCUGUAUCCACGGACGGCAGACUGUCCACACAGGAAAGUGUGCCUGUAUCCACGGACGGCAGACUGUCCACACAGGAAAGUGUGCCUGUAUCCACGGACGCCAGACUGUCCACACAGGAAAGUGUGUCUGUAUCCACGGACGCCAGACUGUCCACACAGGAAAGUGUGUCUGUAUCCACGGACGCCAGACUGUCCACACAGGAAAGUGUGCCUGUAUCCACGGACGGCAGACUGUCCACACAGGAAAGUGUGCCUGUAUCCACGGACGCCAGACUGUCCACACAGGAAAGUGUGUCUGUAUCCACGGACGCCAGCCUGUCCACACAGGAAAGUGUGCCUGUAUCCACGGACGCCAGACUGUCCACACAGGAAAGUGUGCCUGUAUCCACGGACGCCAGACUGUCCACACAGGAAAGUGUGCCUGUAUCCACGGACGCCAGACUGUCCACACAGGAAAGUGUGCCUGUAUCCACGGACGGCAGACUGUCCACACAGGAAAGUGUGUCUGUAUCCACGGACGCCAGACUGUCCACACAGGAAAGUGUGUCUGUAUCCACGGACGCCAGCCUGUCCACACAGGAAAGUGUGCCUGUAUCCACGGACGCCAGACUGUCCACACAGGAAAGUGUGCCUGUAUCCACGGACGGCAGACUGUCCACACAGGAAAGUGUGCCUGUAUCCACGGACGCCAGACUGUCCACACAGGAAAGUGUGCCUGUAUCCACGGACGGCAGACUGUCCACACAGGAAAGUGUGUCUGUAUCCACGGACGCCAGACUGUCCACACAGGAAAGUGUGCCUGUAUCUACGGACGGCAGACUGUCCACACAGGAAAGUGUGCCUGUAUCCACGGACGGCAGACUGUCCACACAGGAAAGUGUGCCUGUAUCCACGGACGCCAGACUGUCCACACAGGAAAGUGUGCCUGUAUCCACGGACGCCAGACUGCCCACACAGGAAAGUGUGCCUGUAUCCACGGACGCCAGCCUGUCCACACAGGAAAGUGUGCCUGUAUCCACGGACGCCAGACUGUCCACACAGGAAAGUGUGCCUGUAUCCACGGACGCCAGACUGUCCACACAGGAAAGUGUGUCUGUAUCCACGGACGCCAGACUGUCCACACAGGAAAGUGUGUCUGUAUCCACGGACGCCAGACUGUCCACACAGGAAAGUGUGUCUGUAUCCACGGACGCCAGACUGUCCACACAGGAAAGUGUGUCUGUAUCCACGGACGGCAGACUGUCCACACAGGAAAGUGUGCCUGUAUCCACGGACGGCAGACUGUCCACACAGGAAAGUGUGUCUGUAUCCACGGACGCCAGACUGUCCACACAGGAAAGUGUGCCUGUAUCCACGGACGGCAGACUGUCCACACAGGAAAGUGUGCCUGUAUCCACGGACGGCAGACUGUCCACACAGGAAAGUGUGCCUGUAUCCACGGACGGCAGACUGUCCACACAGGAAAGUGUGCCUGUAUCCACGGACGGCAGACUGUCCACACAGGAAAGUGUGCCUGUAUCCACGGACGCCAGACUGUCCACACAGGAAAGUGUGCCUGUAACCAAGGACGGCAGACUGUCCACACAGGAAAGUGUGCCUGUAUCCACGGACGCCAGACUGUCCACACAGGAAAGUGUGUCUGUAUCCACGGACGCCAGACUGUCCACACAGGAAAGUGUGCCUGUAACCAAGGACGGCAGACUGUCCACAUAG